AUGAACCCCAGAUUUUUGAAGUUACGCUAUGAAAAAGAUGAGGAUGAAAAAGAAUUAGAGCAUUUCCCAAUGAGUUCUAAUGAACUUCGCUUAAUGGCUGAACGAGAAGCAAAAGUGCAACAACCACUAGAAACUGACAUUCAAGAAGAGGUGUCCUUUACUAUUGAAGAGUUUGAAGAAGCCAAUAUUAUUAACUUAAGCUUGGAUAAUUCCCUGACAAAUAAGAAAAUUUUUAACGAAUUAAAAGCAGCUGCCAAAUCCGCACCUUUACCUUAUGUUAAUCUUGAUUGUCUAAAAAAGUGGAUCAAAGAAAGUUACACACGCAAAAUUGAGACUACAUUAUCAAAUUUGCGAGCAACAACGGAAAUAGAAAGAUUGGAUUUGGAGCAAUUUAACUUUGUAAGGCGAGUUCUCGGAAUCAAACUCAUGCAAUUGCGAGCUGGACAUGGAGAAAAACUCGAUUCAUUAAUGGAUGAGAAAACAUAUAUAUCAACAAUCGUGUCUCCUGAUUUUGAGAUUUUGAAGUUUUGCUUCGUGUUUGAAUUUCCUUCAUCAAAGUGGCGUCGCGAAUUAGUUUACCGUACCUGUUCUUCUGUACGUAAAACAGAUGGAUCUCUUAAAGAGCUUACGAAACUCUGUAAUGCGAUUUGUGAAACAUUCUGGAAAAGCAAAAGUGGAGAUGCAACAAUAGCAUCAAAAUAUUACGUGUUGGCAUAUGUUGUACAUAGUAAAUUUUUCAAUGACCAUUCUGCUUUGCUAUGUUCUAUUGAAAUUCUUUGCACUUUUGACGAAAUCUUAUCUGAUGAUUGUAGCAUCAUACAUUUCGCUUGCUACCCUAUAUGA